GGCGGACGGAGGCGGAUGGAAGUUGUCUUGAAGGUCCUCAAGGAUGGAUUUGCAGCUGUCCAUGUGUCGUAUUCGUAUGGAUUUGCGAUAAUACUGCUCACUAUUCUUGUCAAAGUUGCCACAUUUCCAUUGACCAAGCAACAGGUCGAAUCAACGCUAGCAAUGCAGAAUCUUCAACCAAAGAUCAAAGCUAUCCAACAAAGAUAUGCAGGAAACCAGGAAAUAAUACAACUUGAAACUUCUCGUUUAUACAAACAGGCAGGGGUCAAUCCUCUGGCAGGAUGUUUCCCUACAUUGGCUACAAUACCAGUCUGGAUAGGCUUAUAUCAAGCUCUUUCAAAUGUGGCAAAUGAGGGACUACUAACUGAAGGAUUCUUUUGGAUUCCUUCUCUGGGAGGGCCAACAUCAAUUGCUGCUCGGCAAAGUGGAUCAGGAAUCUCCUGGCUAUUCCCAUUUGUGGACGGGCAUCCACCACUUGGUUGGUAUGAUACUGCUGCAUACCUUGUUUUACCUGUUCUUCUUGUUGCAUCGCAGUUCGUGUCAAUGGAAAUAAUGAAGCCUCCACAAACAGAUGAUCCAGCUCAGAAGAACACGAUGAUUAUAUUUAAGUUUCUCCCACUCAUGAUUGGCUACUUCUCUUUGUCUGUUCCAUCCGGAUUAUCGAUAUACUGGUUUACAAAUAAUGUUCUUAGCACAGCACAGCAAGUAUGGUUACGUAAAAUGGGAGGUGCAACGCCUGCUGUGAGUGAGAAUGCUGGUGGGAUAAUCAGCGCUGGACGUGUGAAACGAUCAGGUUCUCAGUCGGAGCAAUCGGGUGAAAGAUUUAAACAGCUGAAAGAUCAAGAAAAGAAGAAAAAGAAUUUUGCACUGCCUGCAAUUGAUGUUCAGGCCAAAGUUGAUCCUGAGCCUGAAUCUGACUCAGACGAUGAAAAUGACCCUGAAGUUCUUUAAACACCCCCAGCGCCUUGUCAACAAGACCAUGUCGAGCGAGCCCUGUAAUUAGUGCAUUGCAAGCCCCAACUUCCACUUGACCCAUAUCUUCAAGCACUAGUGACAUCUCUAAGGCACAUCCACAUUUGCCGUACAUAUCAAUGAGUGCACUCACAAUACACUUGUCAACAGCAAAACUGUUCUUGAUCACAUACCCAUGAACUUGGGUGCCUGAACUUAAAUACCCCAAGUCACCUAUUGCAGGAAGAACACUAGAAAUGCUAGUCCCAUCUGAUUUAAAACCAUGCUUAUGCAUCUGCUGAAACAUCAAAACUGCAUCCAGAAAACACCCACUUCGAUUAAACCCUGCAAUCAUACCAUUCCAAGACACAGUAUUCGGUUGAAACCCAAGAUUUUUAACCUCGUUAAAAACUUUUCUCGCAUUAACUGCAUCCCCUUUCCUUGCAUAACCAGCAGCCAAUGCGCUCCAAGAAACAACAUCUCUCUCAACCAUAUUGUCAAACAGCUUGUGAGCGUCAACUAAUUCAUCACAUUUCACAUAAAAAUGAACCAAAGAAGACUGAACAAAAGAAUCCAAGGAUAUACCAGAUGCCAAAGAAAACCCAUGAACUUGCUUUCCGAUUUUAACAGCCAGUAGUCCGGCACAAGCCUUGAUCACACUCGGCAAAACAUGGGCAUCCGGGAAAAGCCCGUGUUUGAGCAUUCGAGAAAAUACACUGAGAAUGUUAUCAAAAUCGUUAAACUUGGAAGAUGCAUUAAUAAGGGUAGUGAAUGAGAUAAUAUCGGGUUCGAACGAGAGAAUGUUUUUGGCAUCAGAAAAGCAGCGGUGGUUGGCAUAGAGAGAGAGUAGCUUGGUUCUAUAAUAAGGGAAUUGACAGAGACCUGUUCUGAGUAUUUGGGCAUGGAUCUGCCUUACCUGAGUUGGUGAUGCAGUGGAACUUCUGCUUAUUAGAUGCUCUAGGUCUGGAAUCCGAGACGAAAUCGAAGAAUCGACUCUCAAUUUUCCGGGAUCCAACGCCACCGUGUCUUCAAUUGUGUGGCCGGAAAAAUUGUCCGGCAGGCCGGGAAAAGGUUCCCGGAAGUCAUCCGAGUGGGCAUUCUCAGCCGGAGUGGGAUUAGAGCAAGCGCAAGAUGUGGUCAGGAGUCUCCAUAAUGCAGGGGUUCUAGUGUUUAUGUGAAAGGGUUUAGCCGAAGAGAAAUACAGAGAUUGGAGUGGAGAUUUGAGUGAUGACAUUUAUUUUCUGA